AAAUAUAAAUAAUAUUUCAACUUCAAAAUACAAUGAAAAUUAAAAAAUGAGAUUUAUAAAAGAUCAAAGUUGAAAGAUACUGUCAAUGAAUAUAUACAAGUCUUCAUAAGUGAGAAAGCAAAAGUGAAUAAUUUCAGAGAUUGAUAGUAAAGUUAACUGAUGAUUUGCUAUUAACUGUGCAGUUAUCAAUUUACAACUAUCAGUUGAAACAACUGAUAGAUAAUUUCUUGAAUUCAAAUAAUUGAGAUUAUGUUGUACAAUUGUGUAUACAAGAGAGUUCUUCAAUAAGUAUUAAUUUUAUUGCACACAAAUUGAAAAAUAUAGUGUUUUAAUAUAUUUUAUAGAAAUGGAUAUAUAACAUGUUAUUUAAUCAAGAUAUCUUCAAUCAAACUGAAAUAAAUAUACUGUUACUAUUAUUAAAGUAUAUUUGAUAUUGAAAGAUAAAAGAAAAAAAAAAAAAAAAGAAAUUUUUCAUCCUGAAUGCUAAAAAAGGACUUAUUUAUCAUUAAGGCUUCUUACCUUAAACAUUAAAAUAAUAAGGUUAGAUUAAAAAACAUAUUUAUAAGAAAUAAUUGGAUAUUUGUAAGAAUUAUAUUUUAUUCCUUUGGUAACAAGCAUAAAAAGACCAACACAAUAUAAAUUAUGAUGUAAGUCAAAUUUUAUAUAAUUAAUGUAAAAAAAAUGUUUUCAAGACUUCGUGGAUUUGUGAAUCGUCAUAGACAAAAGUUUAUAGUGGGAGGUAUUGUUGUUGGUAGUAUUAUUUUUAUCAGAUAUACAGCACGUAGGCUUCGAGAAUGGCAAGAGAAAGAAAUAAAAGAUAUGCUAGACAGAUCAAAACGUCGGCAAUAUUUUGAAUGUAAUGAAAGAACAUGUAGUCAGAUGAUAGUAUCCCUCACAUCAACUUUAAGAGAUUCUAUAGUAAAAGUUUUGGAUACCAAUACUAUUGUAAAUAAGCUCAGAAAUGGUUGUCCUGAUAAAAUAGCAUGUUGGAAUGAAUUAAAAGUUUUAGCAAUUGCUAGGUCUGCUGUAGUAGUUUAUUCAUAUGCUAUGUUGGCAACUUUAAUAAGAAUUCAAUUUAAUGUAAUGGGUGGUCAUGUAUACAAGGACAUUCAAAAUUCUAAUGGUACAACUACAGAAAAUAUUAUACAAACAAAAUAUAUGUCACUUUCACGUCAUUUUAUAUAUGAUGAAAUAAAAAAAUUAAGUUUACUUAUAAAAGAUAAAGUGGCAGAAAUAACAGCAUCAAUAUCUUUGAAAGAUGAAUUAACUUUAAGAGAUAUAGAAGAAAUAUAUUGGGCUUUAACAUCUUCUAUUUCUGCAGAUAGUUCAAAGAAUCCUAUAAAAAAUCUUGCUGAAUAUAUGCUAUUAUCAAAUUGUGAGGAAGAACAAUCACCUAUACUAUUAAAAUUAUUCAAUGAAACAUUGGAUCUUUUGGAAACUGAAGAAGUACAAAAUUUAACACAAAGUAAUAUUAGAAAUGGAUUUAGUUUAUUAGUGGACCAUAUUUCUGCAUUCUUUGUUGGUUCUCCUAUAAUAGAAAACAGUAAAACUGCUCAAAAUGGUAUUUCAGUGCCAGGAACAUCAAAUCAAAAUAGCAUAAGCAUGAAAUAUGAUUCAAGUAUAUUUACAAAUAUUAAUAAAAUAUCAAUGCCAAUGGCUAAAUUAAUACCAAUUAUAAAUGGACAAGUACCAGAUAAAUCAACAUCAAGAGAUUUUCAAAAUGAUUUAUUACAACGUCUUAUAACAAAUAAUGAACUUAAAACACUUGGAGCAAAUAUAUAUGAAGCAUUUAGUAUUUAAAUUUAAAAAUUUAAA